AUGGCCAUCACAAAAUCAUCCCCCCUUCUCAUCGUCGGUGCCGGCACCUGGGGCUCGUCCACUGCCCUCCAUCUGGCUCGCAGGGGAUACACAAAUGUCACCGUCCUGGAUCCCUACCCAGUGCCGUCGGCCAUUUCGGCCGGCAACGACAUCAACAAAGUCAUCUCGUCAGGCCAAUACUCCACCAACAAAGAUGAAAUCGAAGUCAACGAACUCCUCGGCCAGCAGGCCAUGCACGGCUGGAAGAACGACCCUCUCUUCAAACCCUACUACCACGACACCGGUCUGCUCAUGUCCGCCUGCACACCAGAAGGCCUGGGCCGACUCGGUGUUCGCGUGAGGCCAGACAGCGACCCCAAUAUCGUCGAGCUGACACAGCCAGAGGAAUUCCGCAAACUCGCAGCGCCUGGUGUUCUGCAGGGCGAUUUUCCGGGCUGGAAGGGCUAUUUCCAUCGCUCGGGGGCUGGGUGGGCGCCUGCGCGUCUUGCCCUCGUGGCUGCUGCGAGGGAAGCGCAGAGAUUGGGCGUCAAGUUCGUGACGGGAUCCCCGCAGGGAAAGGUCAUCACGCUCAUCUUCGAGAACAACGACGUCAAGGGCGCCGUGACAGCUGACGGCAAGAUCUGGCGAGCAGAUCAGACUUUCCUCUGCGCUGGGGCUAGUGCAGGCCAAUUCCUAGAUUUCAAGCAACAGCUGCGCCCGACGGCGUGGACACUCGUGCAUAUCGCGUUGAAGCCAGAAGAACGGGCUCUAUACAAGAACAUUCCCGUCAUCUUCAACAUCGAAAAGGGAUUCUUCUUCGAGCCGGACGAAGAGCGCGGCGAGAUCAAAAUCUGCGACGAGCAUCCCGGAUACACCAACAUGGUUCAAGACGCCGACGGCACAUGUCGAAGCAUUCCAUUUGAAAAGACACAAGUCCCCGCGGAAUCAGAAGCAAGAGUGAGAGCGCUUCUCGCGGAGACAAUGCCUCAGUUCGCGGAUCGGCCGUUCAGCUUUGCGAGAAUCUGCUGGUGCGCGGAUACUGCCAAUCGCGAAUUCAUCAUCGAUCGCCAUCCCCAUCACCCUUCUCUUAUUCUGGGCUGCGGUGCUUCUGGACGAGGCUUCAAAUACCUCCCAUCAAUUGGAAAUCUUAUCGUCGACGCAAUGGAAGACAAGGUCCCAUCUAGAAUCCACGAAAUCAUCAAAUGGGAUCCAGAAAGUGCUGCCAAUAGAAACUGGAGAGAUACUCUGGGUCGAUUUGGUGGGCCGAAUAAGGUGAUGGAUUUCCACGAUGUCAAGGAAUGGACGAAUGUUAAGCAUAGAGAUAUUUCGAAGCUUUGA